AUGACGUCAGCUCGUUCACUCCAGCUGGUCCCUUUCAAAAGUUGUAGAAGCGGUCCUUCGAGUAUGCGCAUGCGCGACCCAGCAGUAAACACGCUCGUUAUUUCCGUGAGUGUACAGAAUGCACUGUGCCCCCGUUACACCGGGAGCCUCGCGCUGCCAGCAUACGGUCUGUGGCUCCAUAUGUAUGAAGUUGUAUAUGAAACAUUCAGAUCACGUCUUUGUUUAGACCGCAUUUCAGCGACCAGUGUGACUCUGGAGAAAUAUUUAAGAUCAUCUCAACAUACAGCUGAACAAACCACCAAAUCAACAUUAUCAAACAAACUUGUGUUUUGGGACACGUUGUAAUAUCACCCAGUGAUACAACACCCUCCCUGGUAGAGUCUUACUGAAACAGUGAUGAAGAGCACACGUUUGCACCUGGAAAUAGUGAACAUAUAUUUUCAGUGAUUUAUACCAAUAUGUACUUAAAAUCACAGCUGCUCAAUAUAACUUAAAACAUAUAAUUAAGCAAUAAUAAACAAACACAUCUUCUCAACAUUACGCCCGUGUGGAGCAUUAGAGCCGAUAAAGUAGACAGCUCACUGUAAAGUCACCAUUAAGUCGCUGUGUGGAGUAGGCUAAUCAUUACUCUUUUCACCCCUCAUAUCAUCACUAUCGUAACACUCUCAGUCAGAUUAGAGCAUUUUGUUCGUUUAAAUAAUUCAUCCUCGCUGCGCGUAAAAUGCAACAACAGAUUUUUUUAUUUUUUUUUAAAGAAAAUAAAAUGUUGCCUUACCAUAGACGCGCUCGAUCAGAUACAAGAAGGACUUCUACCGCCGCUUCCGUCCUGUGCGCUGCAUUUGUAAAAUUGUGUAUAUGACUCUGUGUGUGUGCGUGUUUGUGUACGUGUGUGUGUGCGUGCGUGCGUGUGUGUGUGUCGAGCGCUGCCGCCGGUGUGUCCAGAGCCGAAGUGGCUUCAGAGCCGGAGAUGCGCCAUGGAUGGAGAGCGGCUGAAGGCAGAGAGGAUGCGUGUGUCGCCCCUCCAGAGACCACACAACCGACUACUGGAGCCGAGUCUCGAGAUUGGAUGCAAGAUUGCCUCGCCGUGCAUUGCGCUUUGAUGCCGUAGGAUGCACGUGACCGGCCGAGCCAGACCUCUCGCCUGACAGCACCGUCGCAGCUGCCACAGUUGUUGGUAACUUUGGGCAUCUUCCAGAGCAUCGCUGCAACCGUCUGUUCCAUCUCGCUCCCACUGCUGCUGCAGAAGAUGACGCGAGUGCUUUUCGGCAGAAGUUCUGUCCCAUGCCUGCUUGGUUGUCACCCACUGCAGUUCCUUCUGCUCCCGCUCCUCUAGGUGAUCUGCCGUCGGACUCUGCCUCCAUGUUGCGUUUGAUUGCAACGUCCCUGUGCAUACGUGCCGCAGCUCCGCCGUUACCCCGGAGACCGUGUGCAACACUGAGCACGGCGGAGAACCAGCAGACCGUGGAAGCCCUCUACGAUCUCUCCGUGGACAUCCAGAAGGUCCGGAAAUUAAAGGGCUGGAUUCUGCAUCAGAGCCCCGCCUACACGAAGGAGGUAGCUGCCAUGUUGAAGGACAUGGGAGCCUCGGGGUCCGUCAUCGCCCGCAUUCUCGUGGUUUACCCCGAGGCUGUCCUGUGUCCCCCAGAGCAGAUCCAGGCUCAGCGGGAGCUCUGGACGUCUGUGUGUCCGAAACAGAAAGAGCUGGUUGGUAUCAUUGAAAAUUUCCCCGCCUCCUUCUUCACCUCGGCGAGCCACCAUGACAGCCAGCGGAACAACAUCGCCUACUUUCAGAGCUUAAACCUCAACAAGCGCAUCAUCGCCAAGCUGAUGGCCAGCGCUCCACAGAGCUUCAGUCAGCCGGUGGAGCAGAACGAGCUGAUGGUGCGCACCCUGCAGCAGGCCUACCGGGACCUCGGGGGCCAGGAGGCCAACAUGAAGAUCUGGCUUCAGAAGCUGCUGAGUCAGAACCCGUUUGUUCUCCUCAAGCCCCCCGAGGUGCUGGGGGAGACCCUGUUGUUUCUGAGGGCCAGGGGCUUCAGCGCGGCCCAGCUCCUCCGCCUGCUCUCCAAACUCAAGGGCUUCGUCACCGAGCUGAACCCGGACAGCAUGCGCCGCUCGCUGGCGUACUCCCAGGACACCAUGGGCUGCUCCGAGGAAGAGCUGCGGCACAUCGUCCUCAACUGCCCGGCGGUGCUUUACUACCCGGACGUCAUUCUGGCGGAGCGCUUUAAGGGCCUCCUCGGCGCCGGGGUCAGCAUGUCUCAAGUCAAGGAGACUCCGACCGUUUUGGAGCUGACCACGCAGAUCGUGAACUAUCGCAUCCAGAGACUGAGGGUGCGCGGUUAUGACGCGAGGACAGGCAGUCUGGAGGUCCUCACCGGCACGAAGAAGGACUUUGAGAUGAGCUACGGGAAAUUGAAGUUGGGUAGAGAGAGGCCGAUGUUUAACCCCGUCGCCCCUUUAAAGGGAGACGACUGACAGGUGGAAUGGACUCGCACGAGGGAGUUACGGCUGUGUAGAAGUGCAUUGGUAAAUAUUUAUAUCUGUAUUUUAUCAGCAUCAGAUUAGAGUGCUUUACGGGUUUUACGGUGCACUUAUUUCAAGCAUUAAAUCUAUAAACGGUACACUUUGAAAGCAGCACACUUUUACUGCAGGUGUAAAUUCACGGUGAUGCAACACCUUCCCAGAGCGAUAUCAGAACGUGAGACAAUGGCAUCUAAACGUGUCGCUCUUUCUAGGGAAGAUGUGGUUCCUCGCCGAAUAAAGAAUAUGUAUUACU